AUGUUUUUUCUCAUUGGCCUCUUUAUGUCAGAUUUUCCUUCCAGUCCCAACCUUACUGUCUCAGGUGAGGUGAAGGAAGGGAACCCUGUCAGCUUGAACUGCUCUGCUGUCGCUCCCUGUCCUGAUCACCCCCCUGAGCUGACAUGGAAUCUCCCAACACAGUUCACAACUGAGAACCAACUGCAGGAGAAUCCAGACCAAACCAUAUCAGUUCUCUCCACGGUGACCUUCACUCCGUCAUACCUUCAUCAUGAGAAAAACAUCACUUGUACUGCAGUCUACCCAGUAGGGACAAGCAACAAGAAAGCUGAACAUAACAUGAUGCUUAACGUUUCAUUCUCUCCUAAGGACACCUCGGCCUCCAUCAGUCCAGCUGAUUCAGUAUCAGUGGGCAGCUGUGUUAAUCUGACCUGCAGCAGUACAGCCAACACUCCUGUGACAAACUUCACCUGGUUCCAGAUCAGUGAGGGUAAACGAACACAGGUAGCAUCUGGACAGAGUUACACCCUCAAUGUGACUGUUGGUGAUGGAGGACUGUACUACUGUGAAGCAAGAAAUAGUCAAGGCUGUGGGAAAUCAAAUGAAGUGCAGCUGGAUAUAAAAGGGCAAAAAGAGCCAAAAAACCCAAUGGUGUUUGGGGUUGCAGCAGGAACUCUGGGGGCCAUUUUGCUUAUCAGCCUGAUCAGUCUUUUUGUAUGGAGGAGAAACUCGAGGCUCCGCGAUGGACUUGAAAGGACAGACAGUCCACAGGGACAGAACUCCCCGGUUGGGACAGUGUGUACUAACCAGGCCACAGCCGGAGAGGAACCUGAGGAACCUGCAGAAGACCAGCCUGAAGAGAUCCAAUACGGUGACAUAGACUUCUCCAAAGGACAGACCAAAGAGACCCCAGCUGCAGCCCAGGACAGGGUCCAGGGACAGGAGAGUGAGUACGCUGAAGUCAAUGUGACUGGGAGAGGGGCUCAGGAACCACCUCUUAACAACCUAGAUGGGCUUUAUGCACAAGUGAAUAAAACAGGUGGAUGUUAAGUAUUUUGCAAUUGGGUAUUAAGUGUUUUUAUGUACAGUAUUGUCAUUGUGUAUCUGUUUCUAUUGGUACUUUUGUUACAUUUAUAAUUGUGUGCUCUCUGAUUAUCUGCAUAUUUGUAGAAUUUGCUGGGAUGAAAAGUGUUUAACUGUUACUAUAGUGUUGAUAUGAUGAUGCAGGCUACUGUUUAAUUUUGGACCAUUUAUUUUGAGUGUUGAGUUCACAGAGCAUCUGUUUAAUUGGUUCCAGUAUAGAGGAACUGCUGAGUUCAACUAGCUCACUGAAGGCAGAUUAAGACCAUAUAAAGUCAAUGAUGACUGAGGAGAGAAGACACAGUUAGUUGGAGAGACAGUGGUCUGAUACAAGACAGGAAGUUGGUGCAGUAAGUCGACAUGAUGGCAGAAUGGUGUUAACAUCUACUAGUCACUGUUUAUCUUCAUCUUUUGUACAGUUGCCAGAAUAACAUUUUUUCCUAUUUUCAGUUUUUAUCUAUUUAGAAGAUAUAGUUUCAGUUUUUAUGUUGAGUGUUUAACAACAGAAUCAAUUGAGGCUGAAUUAAAGGUUGUUUAUUAAUUGCACUGCAAUAAAAACCUUUACAUUCAAUUUCCAUGACAUCUUUUGAUGUUAUUGGUCCCUCUGCAAACCCCUUCAAAUGUAUUCAUAUAGCCCUUCGUACAUCAGCUGAUAUCUCAAAGUGCUGUACAGAAACCCAGCCUAAAACCCCAAACAGCAAGCAAUGCAGGUAUAGAAGCACAGUGGCUAGGAAAAACUCCCUAGAAAGGCCAAAACCUAGGAAGAAACCUAGAGAGGAACCAGGCUAUGUGGGGUGGCCAGUCCUCUUCUGGCUGUGCCAGGUGGAGAUUAUAACAGAACAUGGUCAAGAUGUUCAAAUGUUCAUAAAUGACCAGCAUGGUCGAAUAAUAAUAAGGCAGAACAGUUUAAACUGGAGCAGCAGCACGGCCAGGUGGACUGGGGACAGCAAGGAGUCAUCAUGUCAGGUAGUCCUGGGGCAUGGUCCUAGGGCUCAGGUCCUCCGAGAGAGAGAAAGAAAGAGAGAAGGAGAGAAUUAGAGAACGCACACUUAGAUUCACACAGGACACCGAAUAGGACAGGAGAAGUACUCCAGAUAUAACAAACUGACCCUAGCCCCACGACACAUAAACUACUGCAGCAUAAAUACUGGAGGCUGAGACAGGAGGAGUCAGGAGACACUGUGGCCCCAUCCGAGGACACCCCCAGACAGGGCCAAACAGGAAGGAUAUAACCCCACCCACUUUGCCAAAGCACAGCCCCCACACCACUAGAGGGAUAGCUACUACAGAAUCAGUGUUUAACAGAAUACAACAAUAAUCAGUAUAUCCUUCCACCAGUCUGGCAUCAAUCACCAUAAUCAGUUAUGAGUUUAAUCCACAACAUACAGCAUUGAGUCUAGUGACCAUCAACCCAAGUGUUACAAACAGCACACUGGAAAUCAUGUAACAGAAAGGUCAAAUAUAUGAAUAUGUUGAACAUUAUAUGAAUCACUCUAAACUGAAUCUGAACUUAAUUCAUCUUAAAUAUCCCCAUUACAUGUCUAUGUUCAUGUGUGUAUUGUUGGGAGUUAUUGUGUCGUUUUUAUUUUGAGUGUUGAUCAAGAGACACAAAUGAGAAUGCAUUUGAGGUUGUCCAUUAAUUGCACUGUAAUAAAAACCCACUUGCUGGGUAAAGUACA